AUGUUUGAUAGAUUACAAGCUAAUUAUCCAACUUUUCGAUCUCAUAAUGCGACUUUACGCAUUGAUUAUGUAUGGUCAACAGUAGAUAUUGCUUCUCAUUUACUUCAAUGUUCUACAGUUGAUGUUUCUACCACCUUAUCAGACCACUCGAUUGUCAUACUCAAUUAUCUCUGA